UACCGAAGCUCUUCAUGCAACAUUGAAGAUUCAAUAUCAAUCUACAUACAAGGUCAUGCCUGCAUUAGCAAACUUCACAUGCAUCUCAUAUAUAUACUACCAUAUGCAUGCAUGCAUAGAUGCAACACAGUAUAUGUACCAAUGAACGGUGGUUGUAGCCAACUGUGUCUCCUGUGUGCAGUUAAGAAGAAGCUACCGGCGGGAGCUGUCCCAAUGUUUGGGGAGGCCGGAGGGGGAGGUCUGUUUGGAGACGAUAAUGAUGACGACAGCUGGAUGGCCGCCUCCACCACCAAGAGCACUAGAUCCACCGGCAACACCCCUCGUCAGCCUCGCAAGGUCUCCUCAAGUAGUGGCGGUCUGUUUAAAGAGACGCCCACCGGAGAAGAGGGAGGAGGUGGAGGGGAGGGAGGAGGAGGAUUGUUUGAAGAACUGUUAGUCCAGCUCCCAAGAAGAAGAAGCCAGUGGGAGGUGUGUCAGUGUUUGGAGCUCUCACUGACAGUGUGGAUAGCAAGAGGUCUCCCUCGGUUGCCAAGAAACCAUCGUCCACCUCCUCUGGGUUGUUUGGGGAGAAGGAAGACAACCUCUUCUCCUCCUCCUUAGUACCUCUGCCAAGAAAACAUCUACUAACAGAUCGACAGUGGGGGAGCCAGCCCCAGCCAAGACCCAGUCAAAGGGACUGUUCUCAGACGAAGAAGAGGACCCGUUCUCUUCCUCCCUCCUUCCAUCCUCUGAGACCACACCCACUGCCCCGCCCACCUCCAAACCUCAGGUGAAGAGGCCAGCAGGGGCAGUGUCCAUAUUUGGCGGUGUGGACCUCCUAGGAGAGAUGACCAAAUCCAUCGAGGAAAGGGGCGGGGCCAAGAAGGAAGCUCCAUCCACCUCCCGGAAGCCACGGCAACGGAAGAGCAGCAGUGGGAGUGGUCUGUUUGGAGAGUUGGAGGAAGGAGAGGAUGACAUCUUUGCCUUCUCUGGCAAGAAGAGACCAGGGUCAAUUAGCUCAGGGAAGGUUGAGGAGAAGACAAAGUCCACUCUCAGCCACAGUCUGUUUGGCAGCAGUAGUCAUGACGACACAGCAGACCUCUUCUCUCCAAAAGACAAGACGCCUGCCAUGCCCCCAGUGGCCGACGAGCCCGUCUCUCAGAAGAAGUCAGACACCAUCGACUUGUUUGACAAGGGAGGAGGAGAGGAGGAGGAAGACAACCUCUUUGGAGCUCCACCUAACAAGAGUUCAGUGGCGGCCAAGAAGAACUCCCCACCGGCUGCAGCAAAGUCUAAAUCGGACAUCCUCUUUGGUUCCCCCAGCCCCCCUCCUGACGAGGGCCUAAUAUUCGGACCCCCCACCACCACCACCACCAAGACUCCACCACCCACCACCAAUCACGUCACAGACUCGGGGGAGAGUGGCAAAUCAGCCACCGAAACCCCGCGAGACAAGAGCAAGGAAAGCGCUCCGUCGACAUCGAAAGAGAAACUGGGUGGCCUGUUUGACGACGACGAAUCGGACGACGACCUGUUUUCAUCCGGGACAGCUGCGGCAGCAUCCUCAGGGAAGAAGGCAAGGAGAAAGCCACAGGUAGAAGACCUCUUUUCCUCCACGACCGUCUCGACCUCUGCAGCCGUACCAGCUGCUUCAAAGAAGACCUCCGUGGGAAAACAGCCGCCACCCGCCACAAAGAAGACUAGUCAAAAGUCGACUCCCUCUGACCUUUUCGGCUCACCUCCAACCUCUGACCCCCUCAGUGGAGGGGGCCUCUUUUCUGGGGGGUCAACGUCACAAUCGGAACCCCCUCAACAGAACGGGUUGGCCCCUGAUCAAAAGGAGGAUAAUGACAAGGACCUUUUUGCAUCGGUGUCGUCUGCAGGGAAGGGGGCAUCUCCGUCUCCGAGAGUAGUGCCCAAGAAAUCUCGGAAACCUUCAGACAGUGAUGUCUUCACUUCCUCCGGGUCCCACCAGAGGGGCGACGCCCACCCCACCCCUCCCCCCACCCAGCCGAAACCGCCAUCCAAGAAACCCUCCGACACAGACCUCUUCGGAACCUCGCCCGUUUCCCCCACCCACCCGAAGUCGUCGUCACGGAGAUCCUCUGAGGCUGACCCGCCCCAGAAGGAGACUCCGCCCACCACUCAGCCGAAGCCUCGGAGCUCCGAGGGUGACCUCUUCACGACCUCUGUCACCAAGAAGGAAGAGGACCUCGGGUCUGGAGGACCCACGUCUCCCAGUGGUGGUGGUGGUGGUGGUAUUGGUGGGAGGAAGAGACCUGCUGGGGCAGUCUCUCUGUUUGGAGGUGUGGAUAUACUUGGAGACAGAGGUCUGGAGGGCAGUGGGUUGUUUGGUCGCAGUACUAGAGAAGAAGACAAACUACCAACAAUCACUGAAGCUAAAAAGCCUCAGCCGGAGGUGGCGAGGAAGCCAAAGAGGUCCCAGGGCUCAUCUUCAGACCUCACCUCUCCUCUCAGUCCUCCUCCCACUGGACCCACUCCCGGCAAACUGAAGUUUGGUCUUCACAUCGAUCCAGCUGCUCUAUUACCAGGGGCAACCCCUCCCAACAGGGCCCAGGAAGAGAAGGCCAUUUCCUUCGCCACUCCAGUCACCACUCACACCCUCUUCAACCCAAACAAGACGAGGUCGCGAGGUGCAGCAAGGAGACCACCUUCACGACACGCCCUCAGGGCCUCCGGGAGUGGCUCGGACUCCGCCCGUACGGAGAGCCUUACGUCCUCGCUGGGUGGAGUCGGCGAGGAGACCACACCCACCAAGAAGAAAUCUGCGGGGACAGGCAUCCCGAUUACGAGGCCGGCCGACCCGUUUGCCGAUCUCAUAUCACAGUCUGAUUCCCUCCCUCCACUCCCCAAACCUGAGGGUGGAGAGGAAUACGGGAUAUUCAGUUCUUCCAAGACCAAGACAAAGGUGACAAUCGGAAGUGGCAGUGAGGAAGACAGUCUGUUUGGGUCUGUAGGGAGGCCGGCGGAGACAAGGAAGACCUCUUCCCUCCCCUCCCCUCUCUCACCACACCCUCACCUGCACCUCCUCCCACCAGCCACGCACAGACACAGGUGGCAAAGAAGCCAGCGGUGUCAGUAUUUGACACUCCUGUGGUGGACAUCUUUGCAUCGCAGAAGGUGGAAGAGAAGGACGACAUAUUUGGGUCGUCAGUAAAGGAGCCACUCAAGAAGCCAGAGAAGAGUCUUGACGAGCUUCUUUCUGGGAAGACGGGCAGAGAGGAGGUGGACAGAGGGGAAAAGACACCAGCAGUCUCCUCAAGCUCAGUUGAAGCAACCCCAGACGCUGCUGCGGCAGACCCAGCUUCCAAGACAAAGAAGACAAAAGUGGCGAAGAAGAAGAAGAAGACGGCCAACAAGGGACCGACGGACGAGCAGCUGUUUGGGAACACAGACGACAUAUUUGGGGGCAUCCCCGAAGCCAAGCAAAAGACACCCAAGACCAAGAAGAAGAAGAAAGCGAGUGGAGAGGCAGCAGUAGUUGGGGACAGCCAUGCGGAUACUGGUGAGACAGAGGAAAAGAAGAAGACGAAGAAGAAGGCUAAGAAGACAGAGCCCAAGGACCUGUCCAUGUUUGAUGCUGACGCUCCAAACAUUUUCGAUGACCCCCUCAAUGCAAUGGGCUCUACUAGCUGAGGCCAGCUCCUCCCUCUCCCUCUCUCCCUGUCCCUCUCUCCCUGUCUCUCUCUUCCUCUGUUGUGUGGCAGCGUGGUGUGUGCGGUGUGUACAUGUAUGUACUACCAGCUCUGUCUCGAUAAUGUUUUGUAAUGUACAGAAAAGGUUUGUGUUUCAAUGUCAUGCUCGGUUAUAAAGAAACGGUGUACGCGUAAAACGAGAAGUUGUGAUUCACAAAGGAGUUAAUGCUCACUAUUACACUGCAUGUUUGAUAUAACUAGAACGAAUGCAACACAUAUUUGGCAAGUGAAUGCGACGUAUAUUUGUUUGCGUGCAUAUUUAGAAUCACGCAAAGUAUUACAGUAUAUUCAGUGCACGCCACAUACAGGUUAAUAUAGAAAAAAAUCUGUAUUGAGACUAUAAUACUAGGUAGACUUCCUUCAGUGGAAAAUCAAACGGAAGGAUCAAGAGAUCGGUGGAAUCAACUUCCAGUGAGCUGCCACUCUUUCUAAGGUAAUGUUAAUUCAAUUGUAGUAGAACCUUGGGUCUUUACUUGGUGGCAGGAUGCUGGCGAGGUAACCGUGGCGAUGAAAAAUGCACAGUGUACUUGUGAGACUGUGUUCAUCAACAUCAACCAGAAAAUCUCCCCCUAGCAACCUCCUUACUGCAAUAUAAUGUUACGCAGGGCAUGCUGAUAAUGAGUGUGUGAAUAGUGAAGAUUCCUACAGUACCUCAUGAAAUUUUCAAGUUUACGCCUUUUCCUUCCAACACCACAAAUAUGUUUUCCUCUAUCUGAUCUUUGCCUGCUGUGUGGCAGUCAGUAUACACAGUGCAGUAUUAAUAUCACUUCCUCUUUGGACCAGCCACAGGGGUGUCUGGGGAGCCCUG